AUGAACAUUCAAAAUUCACCUUAAGGAUAAUAAACAAUUCAGGGCUUCAUUAAUCAAGUUCCCUUUGGCAUCAAAUUAUUGACUAUAAUAACUCUAAUUGUCUUUUUCAUUAAUGCUUUGUUUGAUGGGUUCUUUACAAAUUACUUUAUUGAUACUCCAAUCAAAGUUUUUCAAAACUUUCAAUUAUGGAGAUUGUUCUUUACUCAAUUUAUAGAAAAUUUAUUUGGAGCGAUCCUAAUGCCUAUAUUCAUUUGUAUGAGUCUUUCAGAUCUAGAAAAAACUCUUGGCACAGUUGUAUUCAUACUUGAUUUCUUUUUUAAAAGUUUCAUGAUUCAAGUCAUUUACUUAAUCUUGUCCUUGAUCAUAUAGAACAAUAACUUACCUUCAAGAGGAUUGUGGAAUGUGUAUUUGGUUUACCUUAGUUUACAAUGCUUUGCUAACCCAAACUAAUUGCGAAGUUUUUUCUUCUUUCCUUGUGUCCUCCCUGCAAAAAUCAUCCCAUUCCUUCUUGUACUAAUGGGAGUCUUCAUGAGUCAAAGCUUUGAUCCUAUCGCUGCUCUUAUAUUAGCAUAUAUUGAGGCUAAUUACUUCAAUUUUAUGAUCUUUAGGCCCAGUCAACAAUUGAUUCAAAAGUUGGAAAAUGGUUUUCUAUUUCGAAAUGUCAAAUCCAGAUCAGAUUUCUUUGUUAUGACAUAAAAUCUAUAAGGCAGACCUUAAAAUCAAGCAGACUUGCCAGUCCAACAUGUGGAAGAAUACCAAGAGAAAGGAAUAUAAAUUGGAUCCAGCCUUGGUUUUGAUAAUAUUGAAACCAAUAAUAAGUAAACAUUCCAAUAAUUUAGUAAUUAAUCUUAAUAAGACAAUUCAAAAUGAAGCCUAUGAUAAAUAGUUCUUAUAUUUAAAAUAUCGAUAUAUAUAUUAAUAGUUAAUUAAA